GAAUCGACCUCGUGUAUUUUUGGUGAGAAUGCUCACUUCUCGCAUCUUCAACUUACGAACUUCGGCACAUCGGCAAAAGAUGGCGGAGCGUCGGUUAUUAACGAGACUAGUGUAGGCAAAGAAGCAAGAUUCUCGGAAACGAGUAUCAGCGAGUCGUGCAAAUAGCGGGGACGUAUGACUUAAAUCGGUUCUCUGGAUUUUGAGGGUUUUGAGGUAUCCAUGUCACCUGCUGUUCCGCGUGGAAGAUCGUUCUCCAAAAGGAAUCCGAUUCGUCUCCAGUCGGCGUCCGGAGGCGCAAUUUAAAAAAUUGAGAAUGCGAGUUUAGACGAGACGUGUACGAGGUAAAUAAAGUUUACUGCCUCGGAUAUUUUCAAUUAACCAUGAACGAUCACAGAGCUGGAGGGACGAGCGUUUCGGUUAAGGAUGAUGUUAGCACCAAGGCCAAAAGGCUCUCCGACAGUUAAAUCAAAAGGUAACUCGAUGCAUGUACCAUUUCUGAUCAACAAAGCCGAUUAGAAUUGGUGAUAGCUAUGGAAACUCUAACGAAAAGUUGACUGUAUUAUUGGGAAUCAAGAGAAAGAGAUGUUGUCGUUACGUCUUAAACUUGAGAACUAUCUUGGCCAAUGGCUAGGUAUCGGCUACGCGUACAAGAUACAUCGCCGUGCUAUCUCUAAUCAGAAAAUGCGGUGAAAGUUAUGGGCAAUGGUGGAAAUAGAAACUGGGGUCACCGAAUUAUCUUAGAUGAACGUACACACAAUGACGCCGUACUUUUAAAUGGCUGCGUCGAGCGUACAGAAACGUACUCCGUAUGCAUCAAAGUAAAACACGCUGCUUUUUUGAUCAAAGAGUGUGAAUACAAUUAGACAAAUGGUUCAGAGAGAUGCAAAGACUGCCGCGUCGUUUUGAAUUUUGUAUUCACCGAUACCGAGGUCUCGUCGGCUUUACCAGAAGCUAGGAGGAAGAUGUCCGAACGGCAAAGAAAGAAACGAUAACCAAUGGAGCUAUCCAAGAAUCGUAAACAAAGCAUUAAAGGACUUAACGAAAACGAAAAGUCGGUCGAUGACAGAAAAUUGGUAUCGAGUAACGAUAAAGAUGGAAGACACGAAUUUUUUAAAGGUUUCACGGAGUCACCCGAGGUAAAAGAUACGAAGCUCGGGAAAGCCGAUGACGUCGAUACUCUGACGGAGUCAAAAAACGGUAACCUAACGAUGGAAAACCAACGGGAUCUCGAAGAAUCGUCGACGCAACACGACGAGGCUCUGAACGACUCCAAGAUGGAGAGCAUGAAACAACUCGACUUGAUGCAGAAUUUAAACAAGAAGGUAUCCUUUGAUUCCUCGAAUCCCGAAUGCAAGAGCAACGGAAAAGAAUCCUUGGAUCGAAUCUCCGUCAAGGACGAGAAAGAAAAGGAAAAGGAGGAUGGAAGAAGGAAGCGAAAGAAUUGGAGUGGCACAACGGUCGAAGCGGUCGCCGAAGAGGACGGCAGCCGGGUAAAGAGGCUGAAAACAAAGAGCUCGAGCGACCGGUUUUGCUGGCGAUGCCACAAGGAAGCCGUGGAGGCUCGGUGCAGCGCGUGCCCCCGUUCCUGGCAUCGGAGGUGCAUGGGCGGGGCCCCGCCCCUGUCCGUACAAAACUGGAUAUGCGGCGAAUGCGCGACCAUCCUCACGGCGGAGAACGCCGAGACGCGCCCCGACUCGAUGUCGCAGCUGUCGGUCGACCAGCUGGGCCUGUUGCUCAAAUACGUCGUCGGCCGGAUGCGCGACUAUCCCGGGUCCGAGCCAUUCUGGAAGGCGGUGGACUUGAACGAGGUUCCAAAUUACAUGGACUACGUCGCGAAGCCCAUGGACCUGACGCUGCUCGAGGCCAACGUGCGUGCGAAACUGUACGGCAGCACCGACGCCUUCAUGGCCGACGCCAAGUGGAUCCAGCACAACUGCGUCGUCUUCAACACGUGUGGAGGAGUGUACGCCGACACGUCCAAGCUGACCAACGCGGCGAAGCAGAUAAUCAAGGUGGCCAGACAGGAGGUCUCCGAGAUCGAGGCCUGCCCCGACUGCUACGCCCACGGGAGGAACCUGCCCCGGCCCCACCCGUCCUGGUUCAUCGAGCCCUGCAGGAGGCCCCACCCCUUGGUGUGGGCCAAGCUGAAGGGCUUCCCGUUCUGGCCGGCGAAAGCCAUGCCCCGUCUGAACGGGCAGGGCUUCGUCGACGUGAGGUUCUUCGGGGCUCACGACCGCGCCUGGGUCCCGCCCCGGGACCUCUACCUCUACUCGCGCGACCCCCCGGCGCCGCUUCCGCGCAAGAGGAAGCAGGACAUGGACGACUGCGUGCGCGAGAUCACGCGGCACUGCAGGAAGCUCGAGAUGGCUUUCGGCGAGUUCAAGUUCGCCCCGCCCAAGGUACCCUACAACCCGCAGGACCCGCUGCAGAUAAAGAUAAUGCUGCCGCACUACGAUCCCCUAGGUCGCGCGACCCCCGCGACCCCCGCGACCCCCGCGACCCUCGCCGCGCCCGCCGGCCCCCGCGCCGCCACGCCCGUUAAAAGAAAGCCCCCGAGGAGGCGCACCGCGCCCUCGCCCGUAACCGCGGCCGAGGACUCCACGAACGACUCCAUGGUCCUGAGACUCGACUCGGACGGCGAGGCCGCGACGGCACCCAGGCAGCCCGCCGCGGCCCGUCCGGGCGACGCGACGGGGGCGCCCGUCGACGACGCCGGCGCCGCGGUCGCCCCGGUCGCCCCGGUCGCCCCGAACGCGAGCCCGGAGUCCUCCGACGGACCGGUGCGGAAGAGGAGUCCGCAGAACGCGGCCGGGGACGCCGCGCCCCGGACGCCGACCCCGAAGCAGAGGAAGAAGGAGCCGGUCGAGGCCAAGACGAGGAGCGCCUCGCCGAAGAAGGGCGUCCCCAGGUCGGCUAGGGAGCCGAAGGGGCCCAAGCCGAGGACCGAGUCGGCCGGGGACGGCCGACCGGAGACCAAGAGGAGACCCGAGGCCGGACUCCCGAGGGCGCCGAGCAAGACCUCCUCCAGGAUGAGCUUCCCGGUCUCGAGCGGCAAGUCGGAGGACGUUCGCCCGGGGCCGGACCUUCGGGCCCGGCAAGCGUCGCCCGGCAAAAGGGAGAGCAAGGCCAGGAAGUCCUUCCCCAACAGGGCGCCGAGCUUCCCGCAGAGCCCGGCCCCGGAGGCGGCCGGGACGCGCCCCGGGUACAGGCUCGCGCCGCCGGAGGCCGGGCCCCUGAGCGCGCACCUCUACCAGGGUGCCCACGAGCUGGCCGGCCGCAUGGCCCAGCUGAUGGAUGACGCCCUCCUCAAGUCCGUCGGCGGCGACUCGGCGGAGGACCACCGGGCCACCGUGUACGCGCUGCGGCUGCAGAUCGAGCGAAUGCAGUGGCAGCACGAGCAGCAGCUGGCGGAGCUCAAGCACAACACAGAUCGCACGCUGCGCGAGAUGAGGUCCAGCAUGGAGGCCGAGCGGCUGCGGGCCGUCGAGGAGAUCCGCAGGGAGACGGAGGAGGAGAGGACCCGCUGCCUGGAGGAGACGAAGCGCAAGCAGUGGUGCUCGGUGUGCGGCCGCGAGGCCCUCUUCUACUGCUGCUGGAACACCGCCUACUGCGACUACCCCUGCCAGCAGUCGCACUGGCCCGCCCACAUGAGGACCUGCGCCCAGAGGCUCUCGGCCGCUCAGCCCCCCGGAACCCCCGGAACCCCCGGAACCCCCGGAACCCCCGGNGGCCCCCCGCCCCAGGUUAUGCCCCGUCUCCUGACCAACAAGCCUCCCUCGUGGCGGCCCUAG